CGCCCUGGAUGCUGUCGCCUGCGGCCACGCGCGGCGGCGUCGGGCAGGGCGGUGUCGGGGAACCGCGGCCUGGCCAGGAGGACCCGCCCGGAGCCUCGGUAGUCCGCGGGAGGAGCCCCGGUCGAUUGGGCGGGCCUCUCGGGGGAAAACGUGGUGGGCCUGGGGCUGCGCUUUAAUCCCUGCGCACGGCCGGCAGGGAUCCGGGUGUUACAGGCUAAAGGUGAGCAUGGCAGAGCAGGAGCCCACAGCCGAGCAGCUGGCCCAGAUAGCAGCCGAGAAUGAGGAGGAUGAGCACUCAGUCAACUACAAGCCCCCUGCCCAGAAGAGCAUCCAGGAGAUCCAGGAGCUGGACAAGGAUGAUGAGAGCUUGCGCAAGUACAAGGAGGCCCUUCUGGGCCGAGUGGCUGUGUCCACUGACCCCAACGUCCCCAAUGUCAUCGUGACCCGCCUGACCUUGGUGUGCAGCACCUCCCCGGGCCCUCUGGAACUGGACCUGACAGGUGAUCUGGAGAGCUUCAAGAAACAGUCCUUCGUGCUGAAAGAGGGUGUGGAGUACCGGAUAAAAAUCUCUUUCCGGGUGAACAGAGAGAUUGUGUCAGGCAUGAAGUACAUCCAGCACACAUACAGGAAAGGUGUCAAGAUUGACAAGACUGACUACAUGGUCGGGAGCUAUGGGCCCCGGGCAGAAGAGUAUGAGUUCCUGACACCCAUGGAGGAGGCCCCCAAAGGCAUGCUGGCUCGGGGCAGCUAUAACAUCAAGUCCCGCUUCACAGAUGAUGACAAGACUGACCACCUGUCCUGGGAGUGGAAUCUCACCAUCAAAAAGGAAUGGAAGGACUAAGUCCCAGCUGGGAGGCGGGCAGGGCGACGGACAGACAGAAGGACCGACAUGCCCCACCCCACCCCCCUCCCUACCCCAAAC